GACCCGGCAUCUCCGUUGAUCUCUCAGCAGGCGAAGGAGGCCCUCAAGCUGGCACCAUGACAGAGUGCUUUGACUGCGACAACUGCAAGGAGUCCUUGUAUGGGCGCAAGUACAUCCAGAUGGACAACGGCCCAUACUGCAUCCCCUGCUACGAUGCCCACUUUGCCAACACUUGUGAUGAGUGCAAAGAGCUCAUCGGCCACGACUGCAGGGAGCUGUACUACGAGGACCGCCACUACCACGAGCACUGCUUCCGCUGCUUCCGCUGCGACCGCUCGCUGGCCGACGAGCCCUUCACCUGCCAGGGUGAGGAGCUGCUGUGCAACGACUGCUACUGCAGCGAGUUCUCCUCCAAGUGCGUUGCCUGCGAGAAGACCGUCAUGCCAGGAUCCCGCAAGCUGGAGUACAACGGGCAAACCUGGCAUGAACACUGCUUCAUAUGCAGCAGCUGCCAGCAGCCCAUCGGGUCACGAUCCUUCAUCCCGGACAAGAAGGAUUACUACUGUGUCCCCUGUUACGAGAGCAAGUUUGCUCCUCGCUGUACGCGUUGCAAAAAGUCCCUGACCAAGGGAGGAGUGACCUACCGCGACGAGCCCUGGCACAAGGAGUGUUUCGUCUGCACGGGCUGCAAGACGCCCCUGGCUGGCCAGCAGUUCACCUCCCAGGACGACAACCCCUACUGCAUUAAGUGCUUUGGGAACCUCUAUGCCAAGAAGUGCAGCGCCUGCACGAAGCCCAUCACAGGUUUUGGUGGUGGGAAAUAUGUCUCCUUCGAGGACCGUCACUGGCACCAUAACUGCUUUAACUGUGCCCGCUGCAAGACCUCGCUGGUUGGGCAGGGCUUUAUCCCUGACAACGACGAGAUCCUCUGCCGCGACUGCAGCAGCGACCUAUGAGCCUCCAAGGAUGCCGUGGGGCAGGGGCUUUCUCUACUCUUCAGGGUCUUUGUGCCAAAUACCCCCAACAGCAUUUCAAGGGCAGAGCACAAGGCGCAGGAGAUGAGGGCUGACCCCGCGCCGCGGUGUGUCCCGGAGGUUCCUGUGUCCCUCCAUGAAGGCUACAGUAUGCUAUGCUAAGGCUCCGCGCAGAGCCAGAGCUACAUAAAAGUGAAAAGGGAGCUUUCGGGUCUCCCAUUAUUUAGUCUUUCUUUCUGCUUCCUGUCUGAUUGCUCAGCUGGGGGCCCCGUGCCCAGCUAGUGCCAAAGGGCCCGUGCGCUGGCACCGCGUGGCCGCCCCUCUCUUGCACAGUGCUGAUUUGUCCCUCUUUCCUGCGUGUUCCCUUUGCUCCGAGUGAUCAAGGCAGCAGCCCCCGGACUGUGCAGCUUGUGCAGGGCGCAUCGGGCCACGUGCAGAGCAGCCCCAGCUGCUCCAGCCCCCUCCCCUUUCCCGAAUCCAGACCCUCUGCUCCACGUGGUGCCAUGGAAAUGCUCUGGAAUGCGAGCGCUCCAGCCCAGCCACCUUCCUGUUGCUCCAUGUCCUGUCUGCACCAGCAUGUCCCUCCUGCCAGGGCUGAGUGUCCCCACCAGGGUGACCGGCAGAGUCGGGGGCUCCCCAGCCCUGCUCAUUCCCACUGUGCCCCCUCAAAAAAAAAGAGGCAGAUCCAGGGGGGCGUGUGGGUUGCCGGGGCAGGAGCUUUGCAUCCCCGAAGCCGCCCGUGCUGUGGCCCUAGCCGUGCAGAACAGCUC